CAAGCUAUCGAGCCCUCAGUCACCUGACAAUGAGUCCCCCAUUCGACACAAUAAUCCUUGACAUCGGGGACGUGCUCUUCACCUGGUCAUCGACCACCACCACCCGCAUCUCCUCCAAAUCCUUACGCGCAAUCCUUGCCUCCCCGACCUGGAUGGACUACGAACGGGGGAAGGUCACCGAGCAGGACUGCUACGACCGCGUCGGGGAACAAUUCUCCUUCGACCCGCUCGAAGUCAAAGAGGCCCUCGCCCAAGCCCGAGACUCCCUCAAGUCGGACGACGAGAUGAUCGCCCUCAUCCGCGAGCUCAAAGAGCAAUCGCACGGGCGGUUGAGGGUUUUUGCAAUGUCGAAUAUCUCGGUACCGGACUACGCGGUGCUCAGGACGAAGCCGGCGGACUGGGAGAUAUUUGACCGUGUUUUCACGUCCGGGGAGGCAGGCGAGCGCAAGCCGGACCCUGCGUAUUAUAGACAUGUCCUCGCGGCGACUGGCACGGUCCCCAGCGUGGCGAUUUUCGUGGACGAUAGGCCGGAGAAUGUCCUUUCCGCACGUUCGUUAGGUCUUCGUGGAAUUGUCUUUGACGACAGGCAACGGGUGCAGAAAGAGUUGCGGGAUCUUUUGGGGGAGUUGUGAACGACCUGUUAUGUAUUAUACCGAAAUGAGGAGACAAGAAGUGAUGAUGGAAGCGAGGUAGAAUGUAAACUGAAGAGAUGUAUGUCGUUAGGAAGUAGAUAUGGAUUCCGGCAAGGGUUCGUGAGGAUACGAUACCCGAGAGGUCCGGUUUGCAAGGGUAGGUCAGCAAACGCGAACUAAUUGCGAAGCUAUUACGCGUAUACUUGUUAUCUCUACCACUGCAUAUCUCUCUUAUUUU